AUGGAAACUGUAGAAAUGAAUAGUGUAUCCUUGAAACGUCCUCACUCUGAGGAUGAUGUGGCUAAUGCAGACGAAAUUAAAAGACAGAAGAUCUCAGAGAAGUCUAAGACAGGGAACGACUCUGGGCAGAGCAUUGAGACUGUAACAGAACAACCUGACAAAACUCUGCUUGAGGACACGAAAAAUGAAAUAAUCCCCAAUGAGGAAAGUGAGGAGCAGGAAGAUGAGGAACUAGAGGACAGUGAUGAAGAUGGAGAUCCAGAGAGCUUUGCAGACAUGAUGAAGCAUGGACUGACAGAAAGUGAUGUUGGCAUAACUAAAUUUGUUAGCUUUCAUAAAGGGUUUUCUGGAAUCUUAAAAGAGAGAUACUCGGACUUUGUCGUCCAUGAAAUAGGCAAAGAUGGACGUGUGAGCCAUUUAGAUGACUUUUCUGUUCCAGUGGAUAAUGAGGACCCAUCAGAAGAAACAUUUACGGUUUUGUCAGACGAAGACAAGCAGCGUUUAGAGGAGCUCCAGCUGCUUAAGAAUAAGGAAACUAGUGUUGCCAUAGAGGUAAUUGAUGACACCAAAGAAAAAAGAACAGUUAUCCAUCAGGCUGUGAAGUCCUUGUUUCCUGGACUGGAGACUAAAACAGAAGAUCGAGAUGGAAAAAAAUACAUUAUUGCAUAUCAUGCUGCUGGGAAGAAAGCACUGGCAAAUCCAAGAAAACACUCUUGGCCAAAAUCUAGGGGAAGCUACUGCCACUUCGUACUGUACAAGGAGAACAAGGAUACUAUGGAUGCCAUUAAUGUCCUAUCCAAAUUUUUAAGAGUGAAGCCAAACAUAUUUUCCUAUAUGGGAACUAAAGAUAAAAGGGCUAUAACAGUUCAAGAGAUUGCUGUUCUCAGAAUUACUGCACAAAGACUUGCUCAUUUGAAUAAAUGUUUGAUGAACUUCAAGUUAGGAAAUUUCAGUUACAAGAAUCAUCCACUGAAAUUAGGAGAACUGCAAGGGAAUCAUUUCACUGUUGUUCUCAGAAACAUAACAGGCACGGAUGACCAGAUAGAGCAAGCAAUGCACUCUCUCAGGGAAAUUGGAUUCAUUAAUUACUAUGGAAUGCAAAGAUUUGGAACCACAGCUGUUCCUACAUAUCAAAUUGGCAGAGCUAUUCUACAGAACAAUUGGAAUGAAGUAAUGGAUUUGAUAUUAAAGCCACGACCAGGAGCUGAAAAGGGAUACUUAGUAAAAUGCAGAGAAGAAUGGGCAAAGACUAAAGAUCCAGCAGCAGCCCUCAAGAAACUACCCGUAAAAAGGUGCGUGGAAGGACAGCUUCUACGUGGGCUCUUAAAGUAUGGAAUGAAGAACAUAAUCUCUGCAUUUGGCAUAAUACCAAGAAAUAAUCGUUUAAUGUAUAUUCAUAGCUACCAGAGUUACGUGUGGAAUAAUAUGGUGAGCAAGAGAAUAGAAGAAUACGGGCUUAGAGCUGUACCAGGAGAUCUCACGCUUAAAGGAGCCACAGCUGUUCAUAUCGAAGAAGGAGAUGCUGAUAACUACACUAUCCACGAUGUAGUGAUGCCAUUGCCUGGAUUUGAUGUUAUUUAUCCAAAGCAUAAAAUUGGUGAGGCCUACAAGGAGAUGCUAGUAGCUGACAAUCUUGAUAUCAACAACAUGAGGCAUAAAAUCAGAGAUUAUUCACUUUCUGGAGCAUACAGAAAGAUUAUCAUUCGACCUCAGAAUGUCAGUUGGGAGGUCGUUGCCUAUGAUGAUCCCAGAAUCCCAUUAUUUACUACGGAUUUGGAUAAGCUGGAAGGAAAACCAUUACCGGUUCUUCCUACAGAUGGUAAAUUCAGGGCACUAAAGAUGGAGUUCUCCCUUCCCCCAUCCACUUAUGCUACCAUGGCGAUUCGAGAAGUUUUGAAAAUGGACACAAGCAUAAAAAACCAGACACAACUGAAUACUACCUGGUUACGCUGAGUAACUGCAAAAAUGACUUAGAUUUUAACCUAUAUAAAGUGUUUUCCUAUUUACAUGUUAUGUACAAAUCUUUAAAGAUUGGUACUAAGAGAUUUGUAUUUUUUAAAGUUUUUAUUGGUGUUAGCAUUUAACUUCAGUAGUCAUUUGCAAGAUGGUGGCUGUAAUAUAAUAUAGAUCUUAGUGACUGGUGCUUUUUAAUGAAUAAGUUGCUUGAGCUGUGUCAUGGGUGCAUCUUUAAGAAAUAGGCUUAGAAUAGUUUCAGACCUGGAAGAAUGUUUAGCUUGCCUUUUUUUCUGGCAAGCACUGAAUGUUUUCAUGAGUUCAGCACACCUUGAAGUCUCUUCAAGUACAUUAAAUUACAGCUUAGGAAGUGAGUUACAACUGAAUUAAGAUACUGCAGGAGUUUUUGCUAGUAGCAUUUGCACUGAUGUAGAAGAUUCUGUUAGCAAGGCUUUUUAUGUGCUGUAAAGAUGUACAGCUGCUUUAAUUAGUUGGUCUUUUCAUUGAGAAAAUACUUGUAUUUUCCAGCUUUACUAAUACCUGUACUAAAGAACAGGUACUGAAAAUAAAUUAACUUAGAAGUCUACGCGUGUAUCA